ACAGAGUAGUCUCGGUUUUUGAGGAGUAACGAUUUGGUUUUGAGUUCCGGUGCACACGGUGUUUCAAGAUGUCGCAGAAAACGAAGCGUUCCGGCAUGUCGACGCCGGUGCCGUUUCAGGCCAGCACACCGGUCCAGAGUGCGAGUGCGGCGUCGUCGGGCGGUGCCGCGCAUCAACACCGACCGGCGAGCCCGCUGAGCCCGACGCGCCUCUCCCGGCUGCAGGAGAAAGCGGACCUUCAGGGUCUGAACGACCGGCUGGCCUGUUACAUCGACCGGGUGCGCACUCUGGAGCAGGAAAACUCGCGCCUCAACCACGAGGUACGCACCUCGCAGGAAACGACGACGCGCGAGGUGUCCAACAUCAAAGCCAUGUACGACCACGAGCUAACCGAUGCGCGCCGGCUGCUGGAUGAGACGGCCCGGGAGCGGGCCAAGAAGGAAAUCGAAUAUAACCGCGCUGCCGAGGAGAACGAAGAUCUGAAAAAACGCUUGGAGCGCAAAACGAAAGAGGCGGCCGAUGCCGAACGUAACGGCCGUGCCCAGGAAUCCCGCGCCAAUGAGCUGUCCGGCAAGUACAACACGCUCCUGUCCGACCACAAAAAGGCAAAGGAAGAGCAGAAAGAGAUGGAGAAGGAGCUGGCCAAGCUGAAGAAGCAGAUGGAGGCGUUGCGCAAAAACCUCGAGCAGGAAACGCUGGCCCGGGUCGAUCUGGAGAACACGAUCCAGAGCCUGCGCGAGGAGCUCACGUUCAAAGAUCAGGUCCACAUGCAGGAGCUGACCGAGACGAAGACCCGGCGCCAGGUCGAAAUCAGCGAAAUCGACGGCAUGCUUUCGCAGCAGUACGAGGCCAAAAUGCAGGAAUCGCUGCAGGAGCUGCGCGAUCAGUACGAUCAGCAGAUGCGCGGCCACCGGGAGGAAAUGUCCGAUCUCUAUGAGACCCGUGUCCGUGAUCUGGAAACGCAGAUGAAUGCCGAGCGGCUGCGCCACGCCCAAGAGAAGGCCAAACUGAUGGACGAGAUCGAGCGGCUGGGCAAGGAGAUUUCGCUCCAGCUGCAAGAGUACCAGGACCUGAUGGACAUCAAGAUUUCGCUCGACAUGGAAAUUGCCACGUACGACCGGAUCCUGGCGUCGGAGGAAACGCGCCUCAACAUCACGCCCGGCAGCCACACGACCACCUUCUCGUCGACCGGCGUAAGCUUGUCGCGCAGUGGCCAGGUUCGCCGCACGCCGAGCCGUGCGGCGGCCAAGCGUAAGCGCACCGUGCUGGAAGAGUCGGACGAGCGCAGCAUGUCCGACUACUCGGUCACUUCGUCGGCCAAGGGCGACAUAGAGAUCGCGGAAACGGACCCGGAGGGAAAGUUUGUCAAACUGCACAACAAAUCCGCAAAGGAAGUUCAAAUCGGCGGCUGGACGCUGACGCGUAAGGUCGGCACCAACGAGACGGUAUUCAAGUUCCACCGCACCGUGAAGGUGGACGGCGGAGCGUUCGUGACCGUGUGGUCGUCGGACCUCGGCAAAGAUCACGAGCCACCGGCAACGAUCGUCAUGAAGGGCCAGAAGUGGUUCCACGGCGACAACAUGGUCACGCAGCUGCUGAACGCCGAUGGAGAGGAGGUAGCCGCUUCGGAGCGCCUGAAGAGAAUGGUAUCCACUGCCGCAUCACGUCACCGAGAGUAUUUGGGAAGCUAUGGGGGCGAAGAGCUGUACCACCAGCAGGGAGAACCCAAAGGAGACGAAAAGUGCCGCAUCAUGUGAAACCCAAGCCACCCCAGGAGGGACGGUGGCCGCGGUGGGCUUCUGGUUGGCGUCGACGGCCACAGCAGCGAUAACAUAUAAUUUUAAACUCUAUUUUACUUCUGUAGCGAAAUAAGAGAAUAAUUUUACGA